UUUGUCGCUUUUAUCUAAACACCAAAAUACAUCUAGAUGCAUUCAUUUAAACGAUAAGCAGACACAUCCGUUUAAACGACAGGUAAUAUGGUUCGGAGAAGUACAAUAUUUGUGUAAAUCAACAUAAAUUUAUGACAAAAUUUAUUGGUGAAGUCUCUAGUAGAGAAAAGAGUACUCCGACGGGCAAAGAUUAGUGUAAAAGACUUGGCUCUAGUUACGUGCUUACAGGUGGGUCCCAUUGGUUCUCAGACGCUAGGCGUGCUGACCGGCGGCGACGGCGGAAUACGGGAGGGGGGGCGGCGUUGAGGCCCUCUCGAGCUGCGGUGGAGGCACGUCUCGCCCUGCGUCGGCGCGGACAGCAGACACCGGUGAGGGAGGGUGUGGAACUGUGGCGGCGUGGCGCGGAUGCGCGGUGGAGAUUCUCCUUUCGUCUUCCUCCGCGCCAGGACAGCACCAAGCGGCUAGGGCCGUCCUCGCCCGCGUCUGGGCGGCACGUCUCGCCAUGUCGGUGUCAACCAGUUCGCGCCGCUUGAUGGUUCAGGCGCAGGCUGCAUCAGGCGGUGAGCGGCGGCAGCGGCGGCGGCGGCGUCCUCUCCUGUUGCGAGAUUCAGGCCAGGUGGGGGCUAUGAGCCGCCGCAUGGUCCGACGCGUCUUGGAGCGGAACAUCGAGGAGCGGUACCGCGCGGGGCACAUUGGCACCGAGGACGCACUCCACCUGUUCGACGAAUUGCUCCAGGUUGCCGGGCCCUCCUCGACCCGCGCCAUCAACUGCCUCCUCUACGUUGUCGGCCGUGAUUGCCCUGCUCUCGGCGUCUCCCUCUUCAACCGGGUCGCAAGAGCCAAGGUGCCCCCACACAAUGUCACCUACAGCAUCCUCAUCGGCUGCUGCUGCCAUGCGGGCCGGUUAGACCUCGGUUUCGCCGCCAUGGGCAACAUCAUUAAGCUGGGUUUUGCGGCUGAAGCCAUGUUCAGUUUCAGCCACCUACUCAGGGCCGUCUGCGCGGAGAACAAGACCAGCUAUGCAAUGGACAUCGCACUCCGGCGAAUGCCCGAGUUUAACUGCACACCGAAUGUUUUCUCCUAUAGCAUUCUUCUCAAAGGUCUCUGUGUUGAGAAGAGAAGUCAAGAGGCUCUUGAGCUUAUUCACAUGAUGGUCGAUGCUGGAGGUAGCUGCCAACCUAAUGUGGUGUCCUAUAGCACUGUAGUUGAUGGCCUGUUGAAAGAGGGUGAGGUGAACAAAGCUUACAGCUUACUUUGUGAAAUGCUACAUCAGGGGAUUUCACCGAAUGUUGUGACGUAUAGCUCAAUCAUCUUUAGCAUGUGCAAGGUUCAAGCAAUGGAUAAGGCCGAGGAGGUCCUUCAACAGAUGUUUGAUACAGGUAUUCUGCCAAAUAUUACUACAUAUAAUAGUCUGAUACACGGAUAUUAUUCAUCAGGACAGUGCGAAGAGGUGGUUCGUAUUUUCAAGAAAAUGUCUAGGAAUGGUGUUCAGCCAGAUAUUGCAACUUACAACAUACAGAUGGAUUAUCUUUGCAAGAGUAGAAGAUUUGCGGAAGCUAGAACUAUUUUUGAUUCUAUGGCCGGUAAGGACCAAAAACCGAAUGUUACUAGCUACAGUAUUCUGCUUCAUGCGUAUGCUAUGGAACAGUCAUUCCAUGAUAUGCAUUGUCUCAUUGAAUUGAUGGUAGAAAAUGGUAUUGCACCAGAUCAUUCUGUGUACAACAUACUGAUAGUUGUAUAUGCUAAGGGGAAAAUGGUUGAUGAGGUAAUGCAUAUAUUUACAAAAAUGCGGCAGCAAGGAUUGAACCCAAAUGCUGCGAACUAUGGAACAGUAAUAAACUUACUUUGCAGUAUUGGCCGAAUGGAUGAUGCUAUGUUGCAAUUCAAUCAAAUGAUAACUGAAGAAUUAGCUCCUGAUAUCAUAGUUUUCAACACUCUUAUAAGUGGUUUUUGUUCUUGUGGAAAAUGGGAGAAGGUUCAUGAACUACUUGCUGAAAUGUUGAAUCGUGGCAUCUAUCCCGACAACGUGUUCUUCAACACAAUUAUGGAUCACCUUUGCAAAAAUGGAAGGGUUAUGGAAUCCCAAGAUCUCGCUGACCUGAUGAUACACAUGGGUUUGAAGCCUGACGUGCAUACUUAUAACACACUGAUGGGUGGAUACUUUUUCAUUGGUAAGAUGGAUGAAGUGAGGAAGUUACUUGACCAUAUGGUCUCAAUUGGCAUGGAACUGGAUGUUGUCACCUAUAACACACUGAUUGAUGGUUACUUUAAGAAUGGAAUGAUAGAUGAUGCGUUAGCUGUUUUCAGUGAAAUGUUGGACAAGAAAGUUAAGCCUUGCGCUAUCACUUAUAACACAGUGCUGCAUGGGUUAUUUCAUACUGGAAGGACUGUUGCUGCAAAUGAACUCUAUCUCAGGAUGAUUGACAGCGGAAUAUGUGUGGAUAUUGUGACCUACAACAUUAUUCUCAGUGGUCUGUGUAGAAAUAACUGUGUGGAUGAAGCACUAAGAAUGUUUCAAAACCUGUGUUCAACAAAUUAUCAACUUGAGACCAGGACUUAUAAUAUUAUGAUUAGUGCGUUGCUUAAAGUUGGCAGGAAGGAAGAAGCCACAGGUUUGUUGGAUGGAAUCUCGGCCAAAGGAUUUGUGCCCGAUGCUGUUACGUAUAGAUUAAUGAUACAAAGCUUUUAGAAGAAGGAUCUCUGCAAGAAUGGUUUGCUGCCUACUCCCGUAUGUUAAAUGCCAUCGUUAGAAUGCUACUUCAAAAAGAGGAGGUGCCCAGUGGGGAAAUUCAUGAGAGGAGCUUCACCCUUGAGGCUUCCGCAGCUGGCUUGUUGACUGCACUUACUUCAGGGGGAAAUGUCAGCAGUAUCAGAGAUUUCUCCUAAAAAAUAUCAUUCUUUUCUGGAAUAGGGAACUGGUUGAAACCUUUUCUAGUGAUUUUAGCUAAUCGAGGGCAGAACAUUUCUUUGCAGUUGCAGCCAAGGAUGUGCUUCGUGAAGGUGCAAAUAAGCUUCUGAAUCAAGUUAUGACGGUGAUGAAUGCUCAGACUACAGGUGCAAGAGAUGCUGAUGUAUUAGGCAGGCAUGCAGUCAGGUACAGAUAAGCUGAUGUACUGAGCUGACAUGUUGCCAGUUGCAGCCAAGGAUGCGCUUCAUGGAGGUGGAAAUAAGCUUCUGAAUCAAGUUAUGACAGUGAUGAAUGUUCAGACUACAGGUGCAAGAGAUGCUGAUGUAUUAGGCAGACAUGCAGUCAGGUACAGAUAAGCAUGCUCUGUGUGGAAGGGGCUCACAAACUUCUGAAUGAAGGAGCGGCGGUGAUGAGUUCUGAGACUCUGCAGACUACAGGUGGGAGAGUAGAUGGAUAUGAGAAAGGAAGAAGCAAAGAUGCUUUGGGCUUUGCUUGCUGAUGACUGCUCCUGCUCGUGUUAGAGGCGUUGCAAAGCGAGCAGUUCGGAUCCUCCUCGUCCUCGGCCCUUAUCGUGAACAGAAGUAAGAAGCCAGGUUACUUGUUGUUCGCAACGAAGAGAAAAAAACUAUAUAUGUGAUACAAGCAAAUUUGAAAAGCCAAGCUGUCAAACUACAGUGCGACACAACUGGGGUGUAAUAAUUAUUGACUAGCGUGGGCACAUAAACUUGUUUUAUGUGUGCUUGAGAAGGGCUUGUGCAAGAUGUUAAGGUUACUGUGAAGAUGAAAAACCUUCUACCAGAGGCUGAGAGCUUUAUAGUUUUGGGAUUCAAUGGGUGGCUUCCAUGAAACAUCAUCUUUUGUUGAGGUAUGCGGUGUUUCACAUAUAUCUGUUGCUGUAGUUUCUUAAGAGAUAUACAUAGACCAAUUUCAUCUGAUAAGAUAGGCAUGCUUGCCUUGUAAAGGACAGUGACAUUUGACAGUUGUUGUUUGGGGACUCUUUAUCA